UUUCUUGAUCUUUUAUUUGGCUUGAUCCAAUCUAUGAAGAUAAAUUACUCGAAUGUGUCCAACAGUCCCAAGUCCUUUCAGGCCUAUCCAAGGAACAUUGACUUUGAUUUAGAAUCAGGAACCAUCAAAAAAUCCAGAAAACCAAGAAGUUCCAGUCUUUUUCAUCCCAAAAAAAUGAUUAAAUCCGUAGGCAACAAAAUCCAGUACUACUACAAGCUUCAUCCUGUGCUGAUGUUCUUGAUUUCUUUAUCAAUUGGGAUCACAAUUCUUGUUUUGUUAUCUUUAUAUGAAAGCAAGUAUAGAAUGACUAGCAAUUAUAAUGGUAUGUAUAAAGUGGAUUCUGGUUCUUCUGAAUCAUAUCCCUUUUCUAGGUUGAUGAAUCUUGUGAUGGUUGCUGGGCAUUCUGUUUAUACUAGUAGUAGUUGUGAGAAGGUUGAUAAGGACGAUGCUUGGUUUUUGGAAUCUUAUCAGAAGCAUAAGGGUCAAGCUGCUACUUUUGUGAGUCAUAUAGAGAAGGGAGUCGAGAUUACAGGGAAAGAUAAUGCAGCAUUGCUGUUGUUUAGUGGAGGUGAGACGCGGAAAGAUGCCGGUCCGAGGAGUGAGGCACAGAGUUAUUGGACUGUUGCUGAGUCCAAAGGAUGGUUUGGCAAGCAAGAUGAAGUUAGAUGGAGGGCACUUACAGAAGAACAUGCAAGGGACAGCUUUGAGAAUCUUCUCUUUAGCGUGUGCCGGUUCAGGGAGCUCACAGGCACUUAUCCACUUAAUAUAACUGUUGUUGGAUAUGAUUUCAAGGAGGAGAGAUUUAUGCAUCUGCAUCGCUCUGCAAUUAGGUUUCCAGACACAAGGUUCUUUUACUCGGGCACACCCUCUUCACAAACUUCAAGGGAAGCUGCUUUGAAAGGUGAAGCAUUGGUUAGAACACAAUUCCAGGACGAUCCUUACGGAUGUUUAGGUCCACUUCGUCGUAAAAAGUUUGGGCGGGAUCCUUUUCAUCGGUCAAUUCCUUAUCCUAAUGGCUGUCCUGAAAUUGAAGGACUGUUUAGAUACUGUGGAAGAACACCAUAUUCUGGUCCCCUUCCUUGGGCCUAGCAUACCAAGCUUUUCUUCAUAUGUAUAAAUUGAUAGGACUAGCCAGGACAAAUACGAAGAUGUCACUAGUAGUUAGCAUAGAGUUUUGCCGAAAUAGAAAAAUAUGAUGCCAUGAGAUACAUGACUUAGUGGCGCAGCGAAAUCUGUGUAAGACUGUUGCUAAGUGGCAUGUUAAUUUAACUCAGCUUAAUUAAUAGCAUUAUACAAUAUUUGUAACCAA